GAUUUUUCGAACCGUCCCAAGCGGGAAAAGUAAAAAGCCAUGGAAAAGAAGCUCCGCUCCUCCCUCAAGGCCUCCGCCGAGGACUUCCUCUCCUCCGCCGUGAAACUAACCCUAAAAUUUUCAAAGGCGCCUCUCAAAUCCCUUAUCCAUUCCAUUCCCGCUUCUUCCCCUCUUUCCUCCACCCUCCCUUCUUCUCUCCACCUCUCCAUCUCCGACUCGAUUCGUUCAUUCCAAAACAAGACGACCCACCGUGAAGCCGACUCCUCCCGGUCUCCUCCCGCCAAGCGCACUCGCCGCUCCUCCCGGAGCUCCAACCCCCAAGACGUUCGAGUUGACGACAGUAGCGAAACCCUCCGCACACUCGCUUAUAUCACCGGCUUAUGCGUUUCGCAUCCCCGAGACGUGUUUCAACACUCCGAUUUAAUCCCAUCCGUCCGAUCUUUGCACGACAGCCUCGUCGUUUUUGAGUCGGAUCCUGUUUUGUCCUAUGAAAUAGCGUGUUUAUGUGAAGAAUGGUGGAAACGAGACUUACCGGAAAAGGAAAUCCUAAUUUCGCAAACGCUGCCGUUUUUGCUCUCGAAGUCGUUAACUAUGAAGAAAAAGGUGGAUGUCCACCGAGUUUAUUCGCUCCGUGAAGCGUUCAAUUUAUUUGAUUUUGAAGACGAAAGCAUCGAAGAUUUGAAGCUGUUAUUAAUUCGAUGUGUCAUCGAGCCUUUGUAUUUGAAGACGGAAGAAGGAAAGAGGUUCCUGGCGUUUGCAUUUGGGUUAAAUUUGCAGUUCUUGAAGGAAUGUUUGGCGAUGAUAAAAGCUCAGAUUCCGUUUGGGAGGAAAUCCAUGCUGGAAGCUUACGGGGAGAUUGUGUUUAAGGGAUGGAAAGGGGUUGAAGGGGAACUGAAAAGGGAAAUCGAAGAUGGGUUCUUGAUGGGUUUAGUUGAAGGAGCCAUACAUGCAAGCUCGAAAGGUUUGGGAAGUAGUAUUAGAAGGGUUUUAGGUGGGUUUAUUAACCAGAGAACUGUUGAUGGAGUUGAAAAGUUGCUUUUUAGACUAGCUGAGCCUCUGAUUUUCCGGUCUUUACAGGUUGCAAAUUCAAAUGUUCGCCAAAAUGCAUUGCAUUUACUUUUAGACUUGUUCCCUUUUGAAGAUCCUGAUGCCACCAAAGAGGCUAAAGAUACAUUGCUGGAUAAACAGUUCUUUCUGUUGGAGAAAUUACUCAUGGAUGAUUGUCCUGAUGUGAGAGUUAUUGCUGUGGAAGGCUGUUUUCGGAUUCUCCAUUUGUUUUGGGAAAUUAUCCCUCCACCAACCAUUACAAAGAUGAUCACGAAAGUUUUUGAUGAGAUGGCAUAUGACGCAUGCAGUGAGAUUCGGUUUUCCACAUUGAUUGGCAUUGUCUAUUUACUUGGCAAUCCCCAGUCGCAUGAAAUUCUUAAAGUGCUUCUGCCCAGGCUGGGGCAUCUGAUGUUAGAUAAUGUUCUUUCAGUAAGAGUUGCUAUGGUAGAUCUCCUCCUCCUUUUAAAGGACAUUCGAACUUUCCAAUUUAAUAAGGUGGUCGGUUUAGAAGUCUUGUUGAAUACACUCUCAAAUGACCAACCUCCAGUUGCUCAGAAGAUCACAAGAUUACUUAUGCCAUCAUACUUUCCCGCGAGACUAGCCAUUGAGGAGGCAUGUGAUCGCUGUGUCACACUUAUGAAAAGGUCUCCACUAGCUGGAGCAAGGUUUUGUGAGUUUGUUUUGUUAGAAGGUGUAUCUCUUAAAUCCAUGAUGGAACUUGUCAAGGUUUUCAUAAGUUUACUGUUGUCGAAUGCUAAACUUGGUGCUCCGGUUGUUGAGGGUUUACUGGUUGCAUCAGCCAACCUUUGCAGUAGUCUAGCAAAUGAACAAACUCAGCAAGAUUCCCUUCGAGAGUUGUUUUCUGGUGAAAGAGUUAAGCGCUUGUUAGCCGUCGCAUCUACUGCUCAUGCUAGAUCUUCUAUUUUUGACAUGUUAUCUAGCACUGCUUCAGACAAUGUAGUCGAGCUCGUUGGAAAUUGCAUGAGCAUAGUCACUGAUUGUAGUGAUUUAUCAGAAAAUUUAGAAAAGCAGGCUGAAGUGAGGUCUUCCCACAAAUUAUUGACAUCAUGUGUUUCUUUCGAUGAUAUGUUUGAGGCUCUAACAAGGCUUUUGCAAAAAACUGCCUAUCGCUGUCAUUUUAAAUUUGGCACUGAAGCACCAAAACAGAAUGUUUCUCCUGCAAAAAGAAAGAAAUCGAAGUCUUCAUCAAAAACUUCUGUUAAAUGGAAACAUGUUAGUGGAAAAAAGUCAUCCAAUUUCAAGGAUGAUUAUUCAGUUGCUAUUGGGGUAUCGUGGCAGAUAAAAGAUAUGCUUUCUUCUGAGAACACUCGAAAAGCUAUGAUGAGUGCUCAAGCUUUGGAAUUGCCAUUCCUUGCUUUAAAGAUUAUCUCUGAGGUCAGCAUCGUACAGUGUGAGUAUUAUGAAUAUAUGGACCCGUAUCCUGUGUUGGCAUAUACAAGUCUUGCUCUGCAGAUGGCCCUUCAAAAUGUUAGAGUUAGUAAUGCAACUGAAUCUGGUACUAAGAAGGAUGAACAAAUCAAAUCAUCAGGUCUAAUUUCAAAGGCCAUGGUAGUCCAGGUAAUGGAUCACCUGCUUGAUUGUACAGAUAAACUCUUUGAAGAAGGUGACUCGGAAAAGAAUGCGAAAUCACUUCCAAAAUCUAAACAGAGCAAGAGGGCCUCACGGCUUGAGAAGAAACAGGGAGAACCUCAAACGGAUGCUUCUGGCUCUAAUACUGAUGGGUCAGUAUAUACCAAGCAAAAACAGAUGUCAAAGAGGGUUACAAUGUUCACAACGGUUCUCAAGUUUAUUGUCGAUUCUAUGACAAUGGGUUUUGCUCAUCGUAACCAUACAAGGUGCUUGAGGUUUACGUCGGCAUACAUUCAGUACAUCAUCUCUUGCCUAAGGCGGCUAUCUACAGAUAAAUCCCAGUUGAAGGAAGAAAAUUCAAAGCAAUGUUUUGUGUGUGUGAAGAGCUCUUUCAGCUAUGCAUUUAAGUUACUGAAUCUAGUCCAUAAUGCUGCCACUGAAGCUUCACCAGCACCGGUGGAGUCUUUUAAUCUUGCCAAUGACUUGCUUGAUCUCAUCAUCUCGGGUGAAUUGUUUUUGGGUUCGAAUUAUGCCGCCCAACUUGUUGCUGUAGCAAAGCCUUGGCUCCCUGAUUUGAUUCUGGCACUAGGUUCUACAAGUAUGCUUGAGCAGAGUAUAGAGAAGCCAUAUUUGACUGCAUUGGAACACAUUAAACUCCAUUUUCCAUCAUGGCCCCUAAUUUUGGCCAAAAUUGAACUUGCCGAAAUGAGUGAACAUGAUCGGGACGACAAGGACAGUCAAGUCUCCGAACCAGAAUUCUUCGAGUUCAAGAAACUCGUGGCAAUCAUCAUUUCAUUACUAAAGCGAAAUCGCAGCAUACUCGAUGCUAUUGGUGUUAUCUUCCUUGCUACAUCGGUUAUAGGGCUAGAAAGAAAGGACCUUGAUCUGCUACUUGGACUGUUAAGCUUUGUUUGCCGGAAGUUGAUCGGGCAAGAAGACCGCGAAUGGCGUGGGCUUGACAUGAUGCUGGUUUCUCUUCCGGACGUGUAUCCUCGUAUCGAGAGGGAGAUCGGAGAGCAAGAUGAUGAUAAAGAUAAGGAUGAAGAUGAAGACGAAAGCCAUAAUAAAUUAGCUAGUGCCAAAGCAUUGCUUGAACCUGUCUGGUUAUAUCAUGUUUAUGAAACUCAAAAGUUUUCAGAGGUGGCACAAUAGAUG